AUGGGGAUUUUCUGUUGCCCCCGGCUCCGUGGGUACUGGAAGAAACCAGACCCGCCAGGAACGGGGCCUUCGUAUCCACUGCAACCAGUGGCCUCGCCUCCAGAUGGAGCUGUGGAAAGUGGCCAAUCUGCCUCCAGAGAUGAUGCCAUCCACUCUUCCUCCACUGGGACCUCCGUUGCCGGCUUGUCGGAGAAAUUACGCAAGCGGUUCUCGAGAGAACACAAAGACCUUCAUGGAGCUCCCAAACGAGCGCAGAGAACAUCAGGGUCGUCCAGUUUCGCCCACGGUGGGCUGGACACCGUCUUUCCAGUCGGCAUCGGAAGCAGUUUGAUGAGUGAGAGGGGCUAUGACAGUGAUGCGCAGUUCAUUAGCACCCCGAAAAAGAUCAAUCACACACGGGACUGCUUACUCGCCGAGAACCUCACCCACGAGACCGCUUCUCUUUCUAAAUCACACUCGCGAGGACAUGGAAGGGAAGGACUCUCUGCGGUGGGAAGUACAUCAGAUGUUGCAAAGGGAAACCCAGCGAACGCACAUGGCUUGGACCAAACCAUAACCAUACUGGAAGGAACACGGAAUCCCUGGUGCUCCCUGGAUCAGGCAAUCUGGACUGCCCACCCCGCAACAAGUCCCCCAUCCCCCUCCUCCCGCGUGGCAAGCAGACGUUAUGAUUAUGGCUCGAGGACUCCAAGACACACCUCACCGGUGCCAAGUCAUUACGCAACAUCUGUAGACUCGCUAGCUGGCCCUUCGUCGGGACUUUCGGUUCGGAAGAGAAGACGGCAACCUCCACAAUCGGCUUCGGGCAAUAAUUCCGUUCAUCUGGGAGAUAUGGAUAUUCAUGGUAUGUUGGCCUCCCGCACAACCUCUCCUCGGGUCCUUUCGGCGAAGCAUUCCUUCGAGGGGAAUCCGUGGGCCAGUGAUGCCAGGCUGCGGAAGCAACCACAACAGCUCUUUGAUAGCCACCCAGCCAUGGGCAUAGCCAAGGUGGUAGACAUAACCAAACCGACAUAUAGGCCUUUCCCGGAACAGGCAUCUUCAUGUUAUUCUCGGCCAGAUAGCCAGUAUUCAGCUGGAUCAAAAAUAUACUUGGGCAAGACAGAAAUGGAGCACAGUACGACCAGGCAAUCCCAGAGAAGCAUUCAUCCCACUCGGGACUGCUCCCCCCGGCUGCUGGAAGAUAUGAUCAAUGCCGAGGCUCCGCAUUCUAGAUUGGUAGACAGCCAUGCCGUUACCACGUUAGCAUCGUCCGACAUUCACCCUGGUUAUUCGGGUACAUCGUCAAGUAUCAGCUUCCCAACUAACACCGACGCAGAUCUCGUAUCGCCUCGGAAAGUGAGCGUGGGCUGGAUGUCUGGUGGGCGACGUCUCGGCUAUGGGUACACACUAGUUCCUGCUCCUGAAGAGAACGACGGCCCCUCGAAGCAACAAUCUGUCCCAUCUGUUACCCCUGAUUCGAACCAAGAGGUGCCAUCUGAGGCAGAUGCGCGGACCGAGAAGGCAAUUCACAGCGAGAGCCAGCCACAACAGAUGGAUACAACGUUCCCGUUCAAAAAAGCGGGAACGGGUCUUGACAUCUCUUCCAUCAUUGGCCACAUUCGCAGCUGGUCCGGGGCCACCAAUGAAGCUGCAGGUGAUGAGUCUCCUAAGUCGUCGCUCUUGGGGAAGCUUGCCAAGAAGAAAAAGGAUCAAUCCGAUCCAGAGCCAACAGCCGGUGCAAGGGAUCCUUGGGAUUUUUGCGCUUGGGUCGAUCCUCAUCAAUCUCCAAAUGAGCAACAGCCCCCACAAGGAAGUCCGUCAGCAUCGAGUAUGAGCACAGAAGGACGAGGAAUAUCUCUAGGAAGGUGGUCCACCCUGCGUCGCACUGGAAGUCUAUGGACAAAGGGCCGCAGUAUGUCAGCGAUCGCGCGCGACCUUGAGGCCAAAGCAGCAGCGAAGUUGAAUUCGUCGGCUGGCCGGUUCCCUGUGAUCCAGAAAAAGGAGGGGCAAGCCAUGAAGUUUAAGGUAUUGGACCGUAAGCGCCGAGCUCAAACGGAUGAGGACGGUGAGCCGAUGGUACCUCUAAAGCAAUGGCCUGACGAAAAGCACACAAAACCAUCCCAAGAGGGAGAUGGGUCAAGCAUGCUUGGGAGGGACCCUGUUCGCAAGCAAUUGUCGGAUAAGACUGGCUCGACCAUGGUCACCGAGGGCUGGGAUAGCAAUUACCAGGACUGUGAGGAGAUCCUUUCGGUGAAUGAGUGAGAACGUGACUGGCUAGGCCGACUUCACUUUCAUUUGUAGCAAAGUUAUACCCUGAAGUUCACUGUCCAGGAAUGAAGUAGACUGGUCAACACUGUGGCAGACAUCAAAGCUUCACCUUGAGCAUUGAUAUCUCAACUUAUGGAGAGCGAGAGUGCAUGUUUUAGAUAACGCGAAGGGGACGGUCGUGUUUAUGAAUGCUAGAUGCGGGGGUAUUCUCAAAGGACCUUGGGGACAGAGAGC